GAGGCAGUUUACAGAGUUACCUUCCACUGUAAGCUGAGCCCUGUGGGGAGCAGGAAUCUGUACUACACAGGCCUUGUAAGAGAUCCAGCAGAGCUCCUAUCUGAUAUUGCAGGUGCCCCAUUUCCAUAUGCAGUAAGUGUUGUUUUCAGAAUGAAAAAGCCACAGACAACUCUCUCACGGCUGGCAAUUGUCAUCACUGUCUUUGUGGUGCUGGUGAUAGCGGUUCUUGUGACACUGUUCCUUCUCCACUAUUUCCACAGUGAGAAAAAUGCUGGCUACAUGAUUGGUGUUGGUCGAGCUGACUGUACCAGCCCUGUAGCAGAGAUACCUUUUAUGGGCUAUGCAAAUCCAGAUCAGACUGGUGCUGGCAUGCUCUCACGGCUGUACUGUAGAGCAUUCAUCAUAGCAGAGCCCGACGACUGGAGCAAACGAGUGUUGUAUGUUACUGCUGAGAUAGGAAUGAUGUCUCAAAGGCUUCGGCUAGAGGUAAUGAAACAGUUGAAGGAAAGAUAUGGCGAUCUCUACCAGCAAGACAACGUAAUACUGUCUGCAGUUCAUACCCAUUCAGGGCCUGCAGGGUAUUUGCAAUACACCAUCUUCAUGAUAACAGGGAAGGGGCUUAUAAAGCCAUCCUUGAAUGCCAUUCUCAAUGGGAUCCUAGAGAGUGUUGAGAUGGCUCAUCAAAAUAUGACAAAAGGACACAUUUUCAUCAAUAAGGGCUUGAUAGAGAACUCUCAAAUCAACAGAAGUCCCUUUUCUUAUCUUCGUAAUCCUGAAUCUGAAAGGCUCAGGUAUUCAUCAAAUACAGACAAAGAAAUGGUGGUGCUGAAGAUGGUUUCUGACAGCAGCGAAGACAUCGGACUGUUUAUCUGGUUUCCAGUUCACCCUGUCAGUAUGAACAACACCAACCGUCUUACAUGUAGUGACAACGUUGGUUAUGCAGCUCAUCUCCUUGAAGAAGAGAAAAACGUAGGAUACCUUCCAGGAAAGGGGCCGUAUGUAGCAGGUUUUGCAUCAUCUAACCUGGGAGAUGUGUCUCCGAACACAAAAGGUCCACAUUGCAUAAACACGGGAGAGUCGUGUGAGAACUUCAACAAUUACUGCCCAGAAGGUGGGGCCACAAUGUGCAUAGCUUCAGGUCCUGGCGAGGAUAUGUUUGAGAGCACCAAAAUAAUUGGCAGAAACAUCUACUUGAAAGCAAAGGAACUGUCCAUGAAGGCCUCUGAAGAGAUAAGUGGCCCCAUCAGAUCGAGCCACGAGUGGGUGGACAUGGCUAACGUCACUGUACAGCUCAAUGCUACUCACUCGGGAAAAACAUGUAAACCUGCUAUGGGGUACAGCUUUGCUGCUGGUACUAUAGAUGGACCAGGCGUCAUGAAUUUCACUCAAGGCACAACAGAAGGCAAUUCAUUUUGGGAUGCAAUUCGUGAUGCACUCCUUGUUGAGCCAUCCAAUGAAACGAAAGAAUGCCACAGUCCAAAGCCUAUCCUGAUUCCUACAGGAGAGCUUUCAAAACCUUACCCAUGGCACCCGCAUGUGAUUGAUGUUCAAAUAGCGACCAUUGGAUCUGUGGCAAUAGUGGCUCUUCCGGGAGAGUUUACGACAAUGGCUGGUAGAAGGAUGCGUGAAGCUGUUAAAAGUGAAUUUGAGAGUCAAGGGAAACCAGGAAUGAACAUUAUACUUUCGGGACUGUGUAAUAUUUAUACCCACUAUAUAACUACUUACGAAGAAUAUCAGGCUCAACGAUACGAAGGAGCAUCUACCAUUUUUGGGCCACACACCCUUUCUGCUUAUAUCCAGUCAUUCCGUGCUCUGGCCAAGGCUAUUGCUAAGGAUACUCUUCCGGACUUGCCCAAACUCCCAGAGCCAGUCAUUUACAACAUAAGUCUGAACCUUUUGCUUCCUGUUCUCGAUGCAAAACCACUUGGUAGUAAAUUUGGGGACAUCGUACAAGAUGCACGGUCAAAGUACAGGGUGGGCGAAGUCGUUGAUGUUCAUUUUGUUGGUGCAAAUCCAAGGAAUUCUGCAGCAAAUAUGACCAGUUUCACAUUUCUCAUAGUAGAGAAAUUUGACAAUGCUUCCAGAAGUUGGCAAGUAGUGCAUGAUGAUGCUUCGUGGGACACCAGGUUCAUCUGGCAAAAAGGCAACUGGGGACGAAGCACAUCUCAGUUACAAUGGCACAUUCAAAGCAAUACUGAACCAGGAACUUACAGACUACAAUACUUUGGUCACAGCAAAGAAUUGCUGGGCUCAAUUCGGGCGUUUAAUGGCUCAUCUUCCACAUUUGAAGUUUCAAACUGAAAUCUGCAAUUGUAAAAUUGGUAGCCAGAAGCUGGAAUGUUUAUCAUAAGCGUGAUGUAAAUAAAUGGGAGGCUUUUGUGUAGCAGUAGUGGCCAUUUCCAUCAUUAGCCUCCCAACAGGAUGACUUCUGGUAUGAAUUCUGUGACAGUGUUCACAGUACUCACAAUUUGUUCUCAGUCCUCUGCUGUGCAGUAGAAAAUGAGAUGCCAGGUGCAAUAGAGAUAGUAGGUUGGUUGUGCAGGGGAGUACAUCUAAAGGGAGUAAAUUUAAAGACAGACAGCCGGAAUAUUUGUACCAGCCUUCAAGUGUUUAAAAUGAAACACAGUUGUUUCUGGUGUCUCAUUCUAGUCAGUAGCUCAUAGUACUUAUACUUUAAUGACUAUUAUUUAAUAGCAUUUUCAUAGAUCACAGAACUGUAAAGUUGGAAGGGACCUUGAGGGUCAUCUAGUCCACUGUUUCCCAACCUUGUGCCUCCAGCUAUUUUCGGACUACAAUUCCCAUCAUUCCCGACCACUGGUCUUGCUAGCUAGGGAUGAUGGGAGUUGUAGUCCAAAAACAGCUGGAGGCACAAGGUUGGGAAACACUGAUCUAGUCCAACCCCCUGCAAUGCAGGAAUCUUUGGCCCAACAUGGGGCUCAAACUCACAACCCUGAGAUCAAGAGUCUCAUGUUCUGCCGACUGAGCUGAAAUGCAAAUUUAUAAGCCUGUUCUGUGGAAUAGUGUUCACUGCAGGUGUUCAAAGAUUUGUAACUCGGGUGCUAAAACAUUGCCCCAAAGUUGUGCUGAGCUAAAUGGGCUACUGUGAAAAGCUACUCAUUCUUUCAGGACAGAGAAACAUGUCUGUACUAAUGCAGCACUGGCCAACUGGAUACCCUCCAAUUCCCAUCCGCCCCAGCCAACACAAGCUGUCUAAGCCUAAUGGGAGUUGUUACCCAUAACACCUGGAGGAAGCAGUGUUGGCUACCUAGGAGGGCCUUAGGAAAGCAUACUGUGAAAAGUUGUAGGGAGGAAACAAUGAGCUGUAUCCAGGUGUCCACCUGCCAGUCCCAGCAGUACAGGACUGUAUGUCGCGUGAGAUUUGAACAUCUUUGUGAAAGGAAAAGCAGUUGAUAACUUCGCUGUGGCUGGGGGAUGCAUUGCAUACUGCAUUGGCCAAGGCCUGCAGGCACUAGCUCCCCUGAAAUGUUACUCACGAACACAAUUAAAUUCAGUAGAAUAUUUCGCCAAAUGUAGCUUUGGGGAAGUGUGUGUUCAGUCUUUGGUCACUGGUUUGAUUUGGAAAUUUAUAUACUGAUUAACCUUUUGAAACUGAUUAAAGCAAGCUGUUAAUUUAAUAUUAAAUUGCCUAGCUAUUUA